AUCAGAUGUGCCGUGUUAUUUCCGGAUGUUUUUAAUUAAUUUGACCCUAUCAAUAUUUGACAUCACAAAUAUUUCAGUAUUAGAUCUACAUAUUCUGCCUCUUAGAAAACGUAGACCUGUUUUUUUUUUAAAUGUGGGAGUUGUUUGUCUAAGUUCUUUCCUGUUAGAAACUGAAAGUAAAUUCGACAACUUUUCUCUCUUUCUAUGGCUUCAUCCCAUGUUUUUCAACUUGCAAGACAGCAGCAAAAAUGAUUGAUAUGGGACCAGACCAGUCCUCUUCAGGAUUCUGAGGUCUCCUCUCUGAGAGUUAUAAUGAGUUAUCAUCAGGGGCUGAGGGUGAAGCCAUCCCUAAAAAAAGACGUAAAGUUGAGUCACCAAACAAGGAUCUUGAUGAGACCAUGGACCCUGAUAUGAGGAACAAUUUGAAGCAUCUCCAGCUACGUACAGCUAGUCAUAUGUCUAUGAGUGACCAGAGUGACCAGUCAGUGACUUCAAGCAGAGACCCAAGUGGUGAUGGAGACCAAAUCAUGGAUGAAAGGGUCCAUCUGCAGAGACCAGUGUCACCAGCCCCCAGUUAUAUAUCGAUGAAGAGUGACAAAUCAAUGGCUAACCCGCCUGAAUUUAAGGAGGGCGACUUAACGCAAAAAGAGGAAGUCCUUCUGGAGAGAGCAGAGUCCCCGACUCUGAGUAAUGCAUCAGCAAACAGUCACCAGUCAAUGGAUAUGGAUGAGGAAGACAAGGAGGAGAACUCAGCUCCAAAAGAGAAGAACAAUUUGAAGCAUCUCCAGCUACGUACAGCUAGUCAUAGUGACCAGAGUUACCAGUCAGUGAAUUCAAGCAUAGACCCAAGUGAUGAUGGAGACCAAACCAAGGAUGUAAGCAUCAUCAGGCCAGAAGAGGUGGUCUGUGAUGUCUGUGAGGUCAAAGCUGUGAAGUCCUGUCUGACCUGCAACCAGUACUACUGUGAGACCCACGUUAGGAAGCACUACACAGUACCUAAACUACAGAGACACACCCUGGUGGAGGUGACUGGAGACCUGGAGGAGAGACUCUGUCAGGAACACCACAGAGCUCUGGAGGUGUUCUGCAGGACAGACCAGAAGCUGAUCUGCAGUCUGUGUGUAGUAACAGAACAUAAAGGACAUGAUGUAGUCUAUGAUGAGAUAAAACAGUCAGGAAGACAGACUUUUGAUAGAGAGCAAUGUCAAAGACUUAAGCUGGCCUCAGUUGACGAAGUGCUGCCCCCUCCUGGUGAGAUCCAGUUCCUGUCAGUGACGUCAGACUGUGUGUCUCUGAGCUGGGGUUCUCCUGAGGGACUGACAGGAGCACAGAAGUUCAGAGUGACCUGGGGAUGUGACGGGGAACAGGGGAGCCUGAGGGUGGAAGAUGGGUAUAAUGUUGAAAUAGAUGGACUCCAGCCUGGUAAAAAGUACCAGUUCAGUGUGGCUACAGAGGGAGAAGAUGGCACCCGAAGCAGACAGGUCUCAGCAUCUGUAUUUACUGUGGUCCCAGAACCCAGGAACUUACAAAUAAACCAGUCAGGAGUGACCUCCUUCACUUUCAGUUGGUCCAAGGCUGAAGAAUUGGAGAAAGUCCCACAACGUUUUCUCAUAUCCUACUGCAGCCCGGGAACAGAGACCCGCUCAGCCAAUACUGAGGACUCCUACAGAACUCUCUCUGGCCUGCUACCUGGUAGUCAGUACACCAUCAGUGUCUCAACUGUGUUGAACAAUGGGAAACAGAGCAAACCUCUCUCUACAACUAUCUGUACAAUUAUCCCUGCCCCAGUAGGGAUGACUGUUGACUCAGUGGACACCACAUCAGCUGCUGUUAGCUGGAGCCAGCCACCAGGAUUGAACCAAACCCAACAUCAUUACCAGAUCUCCUACCAGUGUCCAGGGACAGAACCACACAUCACCUCCACAUCUUCACCCAGCAUCACCCUCUCUGACCUGCAAUGUGGCACUCAGUACUCUGUCACUGUCUACACUGUGCUGGAUAAUGGGAUCCAAAGCCAACCUGUGUCAACAACCUUUAAUACAAAGCUCACUACCAAACCUUUCAUGCCGAAGUUGGGACUGAAACAACAUUUUGAGGACGAACUGUUGUUGAAUAUAAUCGAUGGCCUAAUGUCAGUAAAGAACAAUCCUGCAAGUCCUCACUCUCUACCAUGGUGUCUUCUGAAAGAACUGAUGAGGAUUUUAUUUUUAUUUUUUUUAUUACGCCUUCGUUUAACCAGGUAGGCUAGUUGAGAACAAGUUCUCAUUUACAACUGUAACAAGUUAAUUAUUCUAGUUUGUUGAUUUGUCAAAUGUAAAGAAUGUAUACAUAUCUGAUUUCAUAAAAAAAUAUCUUCAUUCUUUUACUUUAGAAAAUGCAUACCCAAUGAUUAAUCAACUACUUAAUGAUAAAUGUUGUACAUUUGAUGUGGAAAUACUUUUUAUAUGCCUCUGAUUUAAUUUCAAAAUCUCAGCAUUAUUUUAUUGUAGAAAAAUGCAUGUAUCAUAUCCUAUGAUUAAUCUACUUAUCAUCAUACUAACAAUGAUCUAUACCACUUGUCAUUGAAGGACAUUUUAAAUAAAAAUUGUUAAUUGAGA